CAUGAAGUCAUGAAACCCUUUCGUCUUCUCCACUCUGCUCUUCUCCUCCUGCAACCAAAUCCCUCGUUGUCUCCCUCCCCGCCUUCCCGCCAGGUGUCAGCCAUGCGGGAGCCACGUCGCCCUCUCCUCCCCCUCCCCCUCCCCCACCUCCUCCUCGUCUCUCUCCUCUCCUCCUCUGCCGCCGCACCGGGAGCAGGAGCAGGAGCACCGCCAAGAACCGGCGGCGGCGGCGUCGCGAGGAGCAUCGCCGACAUGGCGUGGCCAACAAAAUGCACAUGGUUACCCUGGCCAACCUGUGGGAAGAGCCAUUCAUAUACUCUUGUUUCCAAAUACCACAAGAUCUGGAAGGAUACAAAGGAGGCUGUUUCUGCAAAAGAUGUUUCCAGAAAAGAACCAAUUACUGGUGUGAUUGCAUUGAAGGCUUCCAUGAAGUACUUCGAUGCUGAUUUUUUCAACGAUUCAAAACUUCGGGAGAUGGAAGAUGGUGCAAAAGAAUUUAAUGUACCUGCAUUUAGAGACAACCGGAAAUUGGUGGCGUUAGAGAAUGGUGGAUUGCAUAACCCGUCUGCAUUGGUCUUUAAAUCAUCAUGGAGCGAUGAAAGCAAAAUCAGUGAGAACAAAAGCUUUCAAUAUCCCCAUACAUCUUCAGUACAUCGCCCUAGUAAAGAUGAAGAUAUUGCUUUUAUGUCGAUAAUUGAGCUCGGGGAGCUUAUAAGGACAAAGCAAGUCACAUCGCGUGAACUUACUGCUGUGUUCUUAAGGAGAUUAAAGAGGUAUGGUCCUAUAAUCGAAUCCGUUAUUACUAUCACUGAUGAUUUAGCAUACAAACAAGCGAAAGAAGCUGAUGACUUGCUGGAGCAAGGAAAAUAUCUUGGUCCCUUACAUGGCAUUCCGUAUGGCCUUAAGGAUAUAAUUGCAGUACCAGAAUACAAAACUACCUGGGGCUCAAGAACUUUUGAAAACCAAAUUCUUGAUGUCGAAGCCUCUGUCUACAAAAGAUUGAAGUCAACUGGGGCAGUCCUUGUAGCAAAACUUGUAACAGGCUCGCUCGCCUAUGAUGAUAUAUGGUUUGGGGGGAGAACAAGAAACCCCUGGAACAUUGAGGAGUUUUCUACUGGUUCAUCAGCAGGGCCAGCAGCUAGCACCUCUGCAGGAAUGGUUCCUUUUGCAAUAGGUUCAGAAACUGCAGGUUCCAUAACAUAUCCUGCCGCUAGAUGUGGAGUAACUGCUUUGCGCACAACAUUUGGAACAGUUGCACGGACGGGCGUCAUGAGCAUUUCAGAGAGCUUGGAUAAACUUGGUCCUUUCUGCAGAAGCGCGAUAGAUUGCGCAGUUGUACUUGACGCAAUUCGCGGCAAGGAUGCCGGCGAUCCAUCAUCUCGUGAAGUUGCUAUCGAGGAUCCCUUUCAUGUUGACAUCAGACAACUCACUGUUGGAUAUCUUGACAGUGCUGAGAUGGAGGUUGUUCAUGUUCUUUCCGCUAAGGGUGUUAAGCUAGUGCCUUUCAAGCUGAACUACACCGUUCAAUCGGUCCAAUCCAUACUGAACAUCACCAUGGAUGUUGACAUGCUUGCGCAUUUCGACAACUGGCAACGCGAGCGACACGACGACGACUAUGAAGCUCAGGACCAAUGGCCAGUGGAGCUUCGCCGCGCACGGUUAAUCCCCGCAGUCGACUAUAUACAGGCACAACGAGCACGGGGUAAACUGAUCAGAGAAGUCAGGGAGAGCUUCACGGUCGAUGCAUUCAUCGGCAAUGUGACCGACUGGGAGCUCGUCUGUCUUGGAAACCUUGUGGGGAUGCCGGUGGCUGUGGUGCCGACAGGCUUGAAGAGCAUCAAGAACCCACCAGAAGGCGGCACGCGGAGAAGAACCACCGUGACGACGGGCAUAUACGCUCCUCCUGACCAUGACCACGUUGCUCUAGCUCUGGCAAUGGCGUACCAGUCUGUGACUGACCACCACAAACAACGCCCAGCGAUCGACGAUCUAGGACCGGGAGAUGACAUACAGCGGUAAGCAGUGGCUGGAUGACGAUGAUGGUGUAUUUUCAUGAAAGCUGAAGUUCCAGAUGAUUGACCACUGUGUUAAUUUCCUUGAGAAACAUGAGAUGUAAUAUAUAUGAACUUACAGAAUUUGUCUCAGUUGCGAGUCAUUUGAGAAAGUAACAGGACUCAUCAGAUGUAUACACAGCUUGAUAGUGAAUUUUUUUUAUUUUUAAUUUUUUUAUUAAAAGUUUUACAAAAA